AUCGCGCUGCGUCAUCGAGGCACGGUCGUUCGCGCGGUUCCUUGCGCCGCAUGGAACGUCCAGACGUAUGGUGGGCGAUCGCGCCCUCAACCGCGGUCAGGUAUCGCGCGAGGACUUACGCGAGAAUUACCUGAGAAUGCUCGAGAAGUGCAAGUCAAAAAAAUUGCCGCAAGAUGUGAAUCCCAAAGGCGUGUUUGCCUGCAACGAGCUCGACUUAAAAGAAGUCCAGGUCUAUGGAUUCGAUUACGAUUACACCCUGGCGUGUUACAAGCCAUCUAUGGACUACUUGCUUUACAGCUUGGGGCGCGAUAUGCUUAUUAAAAAAUAUAAGUAUCCAGAGGGAAUUGCCAAUCUAGAGUACAGAGAAAAUUUCGCCGUUCGCGGCCUCCAUUACGACAUCGAGAAGGGUGUCUUGUUGAAGCUCGACAGUUUCUUGCAAAUUCAAUUGGGCGCCGUUUAUCGUGGCUUGCAUUCCGUGCCCAAUGAAGAAGUUCUUCGAAUCUACAAAAACAGAAUAAUACCGAUAGCUUAUGUGGAGGCACCUCAUAAACACUCUUACAAUAAGGACGCUUUACAUCGCUCGAAAAUGGUUCAAUUAGCCGACUUGUUUUCGGUACCGGAAAUAUGUCUAUUGUGUAACGUCACGGAGUAUUUUCUACAGAAUCACAUUGAUUAUCAUCCGGAGAUACUAUUUAGAGAUGUUAAGAACUCUGUACAAAGUUGUCACCCUGUAAUGCAUCAACUAGUAGUGGAAAAUGUGUCUGAAUAUCUGGAACAGAAUAAAGAUUUACGGAGAUUUUUCGAUCGACUUCGAAAUGCCGGCAAGAAGACGUUUCUGGUCACAAACAGUCCUUUUCAUUUUGUUAACAACGGAAUGCAAUUUCUGGUUGGCGAAAAUUGGAAGAAUUAUUUUGACGUAGUAAUCGUUCAAGCGAGAAAACCGAAAUUUUUCACUGAAGAAACGCGUCCCUUGAGAAUCUACGACGAAGUUAAACAGACGCAACUAUGGGAUAGAGUCACUAAACUCAACAAGGGUAUCAUAUAUCUUGAGGGUACAGUUAAACAGUUGCAAGAUAUGACUGGAUGGCGAGGACAUCAAGUAUUGUACUUUGGUGAUCAUCCAUACAGCGACCUGGCGGACGUGACUUUAGAGCAUGGCUGGCGAACAGGAGCAAUAAUAAAAGAAUUGACGCACGAAAUUGAAACCUUGAAUGAUCCGAAGUUCAAAGAAAACGCAAAUUGGCUUCAAAUGUUAACCGGUCUAAUUGAGGAACAUCAGGAUUAUGAAGGACCUGAAGUGCAAAAUGAACUGGAUGAAUGGAUGAGGGAACGAGAUCAAUUAAGAAACGAGAUUAAAUCUGUCUUCAACAAACAAUUCGGCUCGGUGUUCAGAACAUAUCAUAAUCCGACUUAUUUCUCUAGAAGACUGUUUAGAUUCGCCGAUAUCUAUAUGAGCUCGAUUACAAACCUGUUAGAAUACUCCACAAGUCAUACGUUUUAUCCUAGGAGAGGAUGUACAAUCAAAAUAUUAUUAGAGAAUAGUCUAUUUUCGAUCAGAAAAGCCCAAUAUAUUCGAUGCCAUAAUAUAAAGCCUUCAUAACAGAGAAUUACUAGUUCCACUCAAAAUACUUCCGCCUUAUUAUUAGCCGCGUAGUUACAGGUAAUCUGCAUCGAAAUGUAAUGUAUGUAAACGUGAUAAAACGGACUGGUAUAGAGAUCACGAAGGCUGUUACAUUAUUAUUAUUACCAUGACAA